GUCUCCGUUCGGGUAUGUUGCUGUGAAGUCAUUCGGAAGCGAAUUCAUUCAAUUCUCUGGAUAUUAGGCAGUCAGCAGAGGGAAUUCCUAGCAUAUUCACAGUGAAAAUCCCAGAGGAGAGAAAGCAGAAAGGCUUGUAAACUUUUAAAAAAGAGUGUUUUAGAUGAAAAUUCACUUCCAUACUCUGUCAGAGUAUUGAAGGCAGAUAUUUUCUUAUCAAUUUGCCAAUUGGCAAUAAUACAAUAUAUUGUGCUGUGUUAUUGUGUGUGAAUUAUCGGCUGAAAAAAGGUGAUCGAGAGAGUUGUGUUGCUUCAAGAAGAUUGGAAUUGCAAUAGUGUGACGUGGAUCAGGUGGUGAAGAAUGAAUGUUGUAUUCAAAUGAAGUGAGUCAGAGGGAAUUUUGCUGCGCUCAUACAAAUUGCUAGUGAGGAUAGACACAGGAUAGAGUGAUGAUAUCGAGGAAACCAGGACCGCCAGUGCCACCGAGGCCGAGUGCGGCUGUUGUGGCUCAUGCCAGACUCAGUAAGUCGCAAUCUGGUGUGAUUGUGACGGGUUCUGGUGCUGCUGGACGCACUCUUGUCUACAAGUCACCAUCGAGCGGGGCUCUGGUCGAUAAGAGAGCACUCGCGACUGAGAAUGAUGCCAGCAAAGUGGUGAUUGUGGCCCAGCAGAAGACAGAAGACAGUGAAAACCAGAAAGAGAACCUGAAGCCUAUGCAACUGGAGAUGUACACAAAAUCACCGUCUGUAGUGCGCUCCAAGAGGAUCACCAGCGACUCAACUCCGCAAAAAGUCACCCAAGAUGAUGAUCUUCCGGUGAGAGAUGACGAUGUGGUGGUUGUAAAUGGGCCAAUGAUGCUCCGUGAGGAGAACCGUAAUCGCAUUGAGAUAAAGUCAGAGCACCAGCAGCCGGUGGCGACGGAAAAGACGGAGAUUAUUAUUAACAGUGAUGCAAUUGAGGUGAGAAAUGGAAAUUCGGCCAAGAGACCAGAACCAGAGGGUGAUGAGGCGCCGACAGUGCGUGAGGAUCCUCUGCCGGUGGAGAAGAAAGUGGCCUUUCAUGAGAUGUUGAUUGCUGAAUUGACGGCAAUGCGCACAGAGAAGAUCCCGAUGAGGAAGAAGCGCCAGUCAAUUGACAGAUCGACCGAUUCCUCGCCGAAUGGCACUCAGAGAUCCCGAAUCAGGACGUCGGAUUGGGUGGAAGUGGGCGACAAUGGCAAGACAGUGGUGCUGACCAGUUGCCACAUCAGUCUCGAGGAUUCCGGCAUGGAGGAUGAAGAGCGACCUGAUGAUACGUCGUCAGGAGUUGGAGAUUCCUGGGACAGCAUGAGGGACAACGAGGAACGUAUUAACAUGUCGCUUCCUGGGCUGCCGCCUUUACCAAAGAGUCUGAGUGGAUUUGACUUGUCGGCCGCUCAGCAGCGUCUCUACCAAAACGAAUGCCUGGCCCUGAAGAACACCGCGACGACGGCAUCGACGCCAAACAGCAACAACGCAUCAUCGGCCGAAGAUUCGGCCGCCGCCUCCGCCCAACUGCAAGAGAUUUCACCGUUGGACAGUAGAAAGUCCACGCUGGACACACAAUUGGACAUCUUGAGGAGGGAAAUGAUUGACCUUCGCCAGCUCGAUCUGUCGCUGCUGUCCCAGUUGUGGGCCCUCAAUAAGUCCAUCCAGGAGUUCAGGACGAUGCUGCAGGAGGAAGAGACCCUGUCGCCGCUCUCGCAGUCGCCGUCCCCCUCGGAGGGCAACUCGCUGACAUCGGAGGACGAGGAGGCAGAGGACGAAGACCUCGCCGUCGAUGGCCAGCUGCCGGAGCCCGCCCUGGAGGCGCCGAUCCCGCGCAUGAGAGUGGCUCCGCCACCCCCGCCGCCGCCAAACCGGAAACCCCAGUCGCGCCCAGUAUGAUACUGUUCCCUGAGCCAAAUGAACGCGCUGCUGCGCUCCGCGUUCUGUCGAUACUUUUCUGUGAAGAGUUGAGAGCUGCCCGGUUUCGAAGGAUGCAUGCUGCUGUUUGGGGUGCAAUAUUUGCCAUAAGGGAGAACAAUGGUUUAAUAAUAUGAAUUAGGCGUAAUAUUGGAUCCAGUAGAGGAUGACAAGGCAUUUUAUUCAUCGUCAAUUACUCUCAAUUCAGCGUAAAAGAUAUUUAUAAAUUGCAGUGUGUGAUUUUCUUGUGUAGAUUUUAUGAUUUUCCGGAGGAGUGGAGAGAGAAACUCCUCUGCAAUUUACCCUUCUGUAAGUUGUUUAAGAGCAAAUUAUGUUAAUGAUACAAGAGACAACUGCAUUCAUAUAAAUUAUUCACAUGAGGAGAAAAAUAAAGUGAUUUCAUUGAGUAA